AUGACAUCCAUAGGAAAUCAACCAAGCUACGCCGCCAUUGUUCGUGAUGGCCAAGAUGCUCAUGGAGAAGGUUCCUCGUCAUCGCCCCUAUUGUCAUCUCGUAAAGGCAAGGAACUCAACUGGCAUGAUCGCAUCCGUCGCGCACAGCACUUUGCUCGUCGCAAUCUCUACCACAUAUUGACCCUGUUCACCGUUGCUAUACUGCUGAUUGUUUUACUUGUCUAUACGCUGCUUCCGGAUAGCUCAGUCUUCCCCACCAAAGAGGUCCCUUCGGUACCAAACGCCAUCCAAGCCGGUGUUUCAGAAUUGACCAUGGAGAAAGGACGUAUUCAAUGCGAAGCCAUUCAGACCAGAAAGAGAGAAAAGAACACGCCCAGCGAGAGUCGUACAAAUCCAAGAGCCGAAGCUACUCAACAACCCAUCUUGCUUAGAAACGCUGUGGUGUGGGAUGGUCAAGGCAAUGUGUUGAAGCAUGUCGAUGUGUAUGUGGAAGACGGUAUCAUUCAAAAAGUGGAGAAGGAUAUCAAGGUAAAGGGCUCUCAUGUCAAGGUGAUUGAUGUGGCUGGACACGUCGUUGGUCCUGGAUUGGUGGAUAUGCACAGUCAUAUGGGCGUCGAUUCAUGGCCGGAAUUGGAUGCGACCCAAGAUACAAAUGAAAUGACUCAACCAUUGACUCCCUUUGUACGCACCUUGGACGCCUUUAAUCCAUCUGAUAAAGCCAUUCGCAUUGUAUCAUCCGGUGGUGUAACUACCGCUUUAGUAUUACCUGGCUCUGGAAAUUUGAUGGGUGGUGAAGCAUUUGCCUUCAAGUUGAGACCUAAAUCAACCCUGAGUAACCAAGAUAUGCUGGUGCAGGCUAAUAUCAACCCUGAACAAGACACGGAAUGGAGAUGGAUGAAGAUGGCUUGCGGUGAAAAUCCCAAGAGAGUCUAUGGUGGCCAGAACAGAAUGCCUUCUACACGUCUGGGUGAAGCUUACCUCUUCCGCAAGGAAUUAGCAAGAGCACAAGCACUCAAGCAACAACAAGACGACUGGUGUCAGGCAGCCAGUCUUGACCCUUCUGCCAGAUUCGACAGUGCCUUCCCUCAGGACCUCAGCCUCGAGUCCCUUGUUUCACUGCUUCGUGGUGAAGUGUUGCUGAAUGUGCAUUGCUAUGAAACACACGACAUUGAAGCCAUGGUGCGUCAUUCCUUGGAAUUCAAUUUUACCAUCAGUGCUUUCCAUCACGCGCUUGAUGCCUACCGUAUCCCCACAAUCCUUCGUCGUGCACCCAACAAUAUUACUGUGGCUACAUUUGCUGAUCAUUGGGGCUACAAAAAGGAAGCCUUCCAAGCAAUCCCUGAAGCACCCAGGAUUCUAUACGAUGCUGGUAUUCCUGUGGCUCUCAAGAGUGAUCAUCCCGUGCUCAAUUCUCAACAUUUGAUCUUUGAAGCUGCUAAAACGACGCACUAUGGCUUGCCUGCUCAAGAAGCCUUCAAGGCAGUGACCUCUGUGCCUGCUAAUGCUAUUGGAUUGGGCCAUCGCAUUGGUUCUCUGAAAGUGGGGUACGAUGCUGAUAUGGUGAUUUGGGAUAGAGAGCCUUUGGCUUUAGGCGCUACUCCUCUGCAAGUCUUUGUCGACGGCGUGCCUUUGUUUGAUGAAAAGCCCAUUGAGCCUGCUGCUGUCAAGGAGUCUACAUCUUUUGCUGCAAGUGCUCAGCCACCCAGCAAGAUGCAUGGUGCCAAGAGCUUUGUCCUCAAGAAUGCAGGCUACUCGUUCUUGGGCCAACGUCCUACGCAAGGUCCUGUGGAUAUUGUUGUUCAAAAUGGUUCUAUCGUGUGUUCUGCUACGGAUUGCACCAGCACCAUUGCAUCCAUCCAAACUGCUAAAGCAGUUCCUCAAUAUGACCUUCAAGGCGGUUAUAUUCUUCCAGGCUUGAUUGGUGUGGGUUCUAGUUUAGGUUUGAUAGAAAUUCAAGGCGAAGCAGGUACUGGCGAUGGUCUUGCACCCUCUAGUAAAUCUCAGGAUGCCAAGGAUAUCAUUCAAACAGUCGAUGGCAUCAAGCUGAGCACGCGUCAUUUGGAAGAAGCUUACAAGGGCGGCAUUUUGACAGCCAUCACAGCUCCCAUGUCUAACAAUGUGGUGGUGGGUGUUUCUGCAGCCUUCAAGACGGGCGCUGAUUCUCUGCUUACCGAUGGCGCUCUUCUUUCUGCAGCUGUUGCUCUUCACUUGCAAAUUGGCGAUGACUACAAGUCGUCUAGUUUCCCUACCAUCUCUAGUCAAAUCAGCUUUAUCAGACAACUUUUCAAAGACAACAUCAAAUCAGACAACUACUAUGGCAAGGCCGCUAAUGGCGAGAUUCCUACCAUCAUUACUGCUCACAACAAGGACGAGAUUGCUUCUCUUGUUGUCCUCAAACGCGAUCAUUUCCCUCAAGCACGCUUCGUCAUUCAAGGCGGCACAGAAGCUUACUUGGUCGGAUCUCACCUGGCCGCGCUUGACAUCCCCGUGAUCCUUCAACCUGUCUUGUGCACACCCUCUCGCUUUGACUCGAUCCAUUGUCUUACUGGCGCUCCUUUGACCAACGGAACCGCUGCCCAUGUUUUGCAUAGCCAUGGUGUUAAAUUAGGUGUAGGUAUUUACGAUGACGGGUUGGCUCGCAAUUUGGCCUGGGAUUCCGGAUGGUUGGCUGCGACUUCUCCCUCUGCUACUAGCGAGUUGGAGCAUGGUGCCAUCACUGAGAUAGAAGCCAUCCAAUUCGUUACUAGUAAUUUACGUGAAAUCUACGGCCUGGAUCAAGCUGCUGCUGCUCUUGAUUUGGACGAUGAGUUUAUAGUUUACAGUGGAAACCCAUUUGAUGUCAAGCACCGAUUGAUGUUUAUUCAUUCCAGUUCGAAAGGUCUCGAAGCAUUGCAACACCAAUGA